AGUAAUAUUAUUAUUUUUUCGACAUUAAGAUAUUAAUUUUCACAACAAUAUUUUCAAAUUACGUCUGGUUCCUGUUAUUUUUAAAGAUUUCAUUACAAAAUCCAAGUGAAUUUAUUUGAUUAUUUCCUGAAAAUAAUGAACGUGACUUUACCAAUAAUAUUAAUGAUGAUAGUUUUAUCUUGCAAUGCUGAAAGAUUCACAAAAGAUCACAAAGAGCUUUUAGACAAAGUAUCAAAAUUCAUGCAAUCUCACCCAAGAGCCGUGAGAUAUUCUGAAACACGUGAAGAACGAUCAGAGAGAAUAAAUAAUGGAUUGGAAAACAUCGUUACAUUUUUCAAUGUUGUAGGACAACUUGAUAACUUCAUCUCUGAGAAGGCCAAAACUGUUAUUAAAACACUCAAUGCCAUUUAUAAUGUUAAUAGUGAUGAUGAUCAAUUAUGUGUGAAUUGUCAUAAUGAUUAUUAAUAAAUCUUAUUAUAUUACUUAAAUAAU